AAAUUGGGAACUUUGACAGCCUCUUUCGACUGAGAAGCCACAUAGCCAGACGCGUGAGGCUCAAGAGGACUCUCUUAGUAGACGCAUUUAUUCAUUUGGACGACUGGAGGAGCUCCACGGCAGCCGGAGUUGAGAUGAUGAUCGUGUACUCGUGGCAGGUGCCGAGCGUAAGGUUCCUUCACAUUAAUAUUCCUACGACGAAGAUCAGUAGUGGAAGCGAUGUUGCUCACGCACAUUCAGGAGUCACCGGUACUGCAAACGUAUGAUAACAACCUUGCACGCGACCUUCAUGUCCUCGAAGCGCAUCUCCUGCACUACCAAUCACUCCUUCAUGAUUUCGAGGUAUCAGUAACGUUUAUCGAGGAAACCCCCAAUCCGGCCAUGGAGUCCUCCGUCUUCUCUGACGAGCAGCGCGUAGAGGGGAAUGAGCUUAUGAGGAAGGAGUGCAGGAAUUUGCUCAUCGAAAUUGAUCGUCUAGGAAGGCGACAGACAAUGCUAAGCAACCGGUUGAAGAACGCGAUGAACCUUGCAUUUGCGAUCGUUAAUAUUGAGGAUAGCAGGCAUAUGCAUAGUCUUGCACAGGCGACGAUCACAGACUCAGCGAAACAGAUCUCGUACCUCACGAUGGUCUUCCUGCCAGCAAGCUUCAUUGCCGUGAGCAUACAUAGAGGUCUUUAUGCGGAACCUACCUGACCACAUAUGUCGUCAGUCUAUCUUCGGGACGAAUGUCAAAGACAUCAAUCCUGAAAGACACACUCGCUACCUACGCGGAGAGCACCAUUUUUCUCACGCUCUUCACAGUAUAUAUCGUCAUCAUGCUUCAAAGACAUCGCUCGAUCC